GAACCACACUUGGGUGUGGCAGCCACAAUCUCCAUGUUUGAAUCGAAUGACGCAUAAAACGAUUACUCUGAAUCUCAAGUUUCCCCAUGUGUCAACGGAAGCGCCCAAGCGCGACCAAUGGCAGUGGGAAAACGUCGCCGCUGGCGCCGCCGCCGGAUUCACCACCGUCGCCGUUAUACACCCACUCGAUGUUGUCCGAACUAGGUUCCAAGUUAACGAUGGUCGAGUCUCUCACCUUCCUAUUUACAAGAACACUGCUCACGCCAUUUUCACCAUUGCUCGCUCCGAGGGUUUAAGAGGAUUAUAUGCAGGCUUUCUUCCUGGGGUUCUGGGGUCAACUAUUUCAUUGGGUUUAUAUUUCUUUUUCUAUGACAAAGCCAAACAAAGAUAUGCUAGGAACAGGGACGGAAAGUUGAGUCCAGGUCUUCAUCUUGCUUCAGCUGCUGAAGCAGGAGCUUUGGUUUCCUUGUGUACAAAUCCUGUGUGGCUAGUAAAGACAAGAUUGCAGCUUCAAACUCCUCUUCAUCAGAGACGACCAUACUCUGGGAUUUAUGAUGCAUUUAGAACCAUAAUGAGGGAGGAAGGAUUUAGUGCACUUUACAGGGGAAUUGUUCCUGGUCUAUUUCUGCAGGUGUCUCAUGGUGCUAUUAAGUUAACAGCCUACGAAGAGCUACGCAAAGUUACUGUUGAUUUUAAGAGUAAGCGAAGUACACUCCAUAAUCAAAACCCUGAUAACUUACUGAAUUCUGUUGAUUAUGCUGUUCUUGGAGCAACAUCAAAACUUGCGGCAAUACUUCUAACCUAUCCUUUUCAGGUUAUACGUUCACGAUUGCAGCAACGGCCUAGUGGUGAUGGGGUUCCAAGAUAUAUGGACACUUGGCAUGUUGUGAAAGAAACUGCACGAUACGAAGGUGUCCGAGGUUUUUACAAAGGAAUUACCCCAAACCUCUUGAAAAAUGCUCCUGCUUCUUCAAUAACAUUUAUUGUUUAUGAAAAUGUCCUAAAAUUGCUUAAAUCGGCAAGGAGGAAUGACUGAGUAUUUCAUUUUCUUCAUGAUUCUUUCCCUUCUUCUUAUUGGUGUUUAAUCUCCCCUCUUAUUUGAUUUGUAGCAUCGAAAAAUUGCUCAAUUUUCGUAUCACUUCUUGAUGAUAAAUUCUACUCAAUACACAAUCUAAUGUGGAUUGUGGAUGCAAUUUCUGGAGAUAAAAGAGCAUGGUUGCUUUUAUAUCCGUGUUCCAUCUCCUUCAUGGUAGUAAGUUCUGUUCUUUCCCUCUUAGAGUGUGUUCAAGGGCUUGAAAUCACCUUUUAUGACCAAAAGAUUGUAGGUCACUUGAACCUUUUGUAGGAGAGAUAUUUGGAGCUUGUUUGAAUACAGUUUAAAAGAUUUUGAGUUUUUCUAUUAAAAAUAAAGAAUGUCUUUCAUUA